UCGUAAAUGUGGCAGGAGAACAAGAGAAGAGCAUCGGGUUAAAGUGUCGAGAAUUUGAGAGUGAGGAUUAGGGUUCAGUGUUAAGCCAUUUAACGAGGGAUUCAUAUUAAUAGUGUUUAUACACUCACAGUAACUAACUCUGGGAGAAGAAAGUUCUCAAUGUGCUAAUUCUAUCAUUGUAAAUAGUUUACCAGAAUGUGCAUACCAAGCUAAUGUUUAGUUUAAUGAACUGAAGACUGAGUACAAACUACACCAUCCUACAAGAGAAAAACGUAUCCCCUACAACGUCGACAAUAAACGUAUUCCGCUUCUUUAACAUUCGCAAAUAACGAUGGAUGAGAGUGAGGACCUUCACAGUAGGAAAUGCAGCGAGACGACACCUUUGAUCUCAGGAAAGGGAUCUACUUGGCCUGAACUCCCGACCUGGACAAGACCUUCCCGGCCCCUCCUGCCGACCCCGGCCACACUCCGUCAGCGCCUCGCGUAUGUGGUGAACAACGUGACUGUGGAACCUAUCAUGUUUCUCAACAUAUUCGCAUGGACUCUGCAGACCACGCUGGUGACUAACAUGGUGCUCGAGAAGGUGUGUGCGGAUCGGUACAAUCACACUGAAGCCGAGUGCCAGAACCUCACCACUGAGGUAGCGACGGAGGCAACGAUGGAGGCUGGGACGGAGGGCAUGCAGCGAGACACAGCCUGGGUGAUGAUGAUGCAGGAGAUAGUGGCUAGCCUGCCUGCGGUGGUCUAUGUGCUCCUGCUGGGGUCCUGGAGUGACACCCAUGGCAGGAAGCUUCCUAUGCUGCUAUCGUUCACUGGUAGCUUCAUAGCCACAAUCGUUUAUAUGAUGAACGCUUUCUGGUGGUGGCUGCCCGUUGAAGACAUCCUGGUGGCUGGUGUAGCCCGUGGCCUGACAGGUGGCAGCAUUACCCUCCUCAUGGCCACAUACUCCUACAUAUCAGACCUCUCAGACCACACCUCCCGUACAUUGCGUAUCGCCUUCCUUGACUUCGCCAUGUUCAUUGGUGCUCCUGUAGGACUGUUCCUCAGCUGUGUCAUCUUCUCCAGCCUUGGCUACCUCGGGGUGUUCAGCGUCAGUGGUCUUGCCUUUCUGGUAGCUAUUAUUUAUAUCCUCUUCUACAUCGAAGACACAAAGAGUUCCUCCAUCAGUGACAACAACAACUUGCCAGAUCUUCCGCUAGGAAAAGAUGUUUGCAGCAGUCAGCUCCGUGACAUCUUCGACGUGAGGAACGUCAUGAGGAGUCUGGCUGUAGCGGUCCGACGUAGGGAGAACUACGGUAGAGCUAAGAUCCUCUCACUCAUGAUAGCCCUGUGUCUUCUCCUGUUUACCUCUGGUUCGAAUCAGCUGGAAUAUCUGUACGCCAAGAGGAUGUUAGGCUGGACAUACUUGCAGUACGCCCAGCUCAAUAUAUUUGACAUAGUGUUUGGAAGUGUUGGGACGUCGCUGGUGUUGCCUGUGCUGAGUUACUGGCUUGGGGUGCAGGACACAGUGCUUGCUGUGGUGGGCUGUCUCAGUAAGACCUCGGGAUUCCUCUUUACGGGUCUUGGAAACACUGCUACUCUCAUGUAUAUGGCCUCGGUGGUGUCGUUCCUAGCUGGGCUACCGCUGAUCGUGACCCGCGCUGUGAUCAGCAAGCUGGUCCCUGCAGAGGAGACAGGAGCUGUGUUCUCCCUGCUGGCCGCCCUAGAGGCUGUGGUGCCCCUCAUCUCCUGCCCAACCUACACCCUUACCUACGCCGCUACCCUAGAUCUUUACCCUGGCACUAUGUACUUCCUCAGCGCCAUCGCCACUACAAUGGCUGCCUUUAUUUAUACUAUUAUUUCAUUCUGUGAUCGUUAGUCGCCUGAAGAAGCAGAUAUUCAUCAAGUCUUCUGAAUACUCACUCACUGCCCUGCCUACUGACGGAGGCUCCUCAUGGGUGUAGAGUCUCCUGAAGAAGCAGACAUUCAUCAAGUCUUCUGAGGGACUCACUGCCCUGCCUGCUGACGGAGGCUCCUCAAUGACGAUUGCUCCAAAAAAUAUCAAAGUCCGUUUUUCAACCGUGUGAUAAUACUAACAAAUGCGGAAAAAUACCCUGAUUGUCCUUAUUGUAAAUAACUCCUAACCACUGUAAUUUUCCUAAAUGCAGCCAUGACUUGAUCAAAACUGAGUAACUGUAAAUAAUUCAUAUGCACAUAUAAGGUAAAUAUAAGGCUUUUGUGACCAACACAAGAUAUAUAUACCCCAAGAUAUGAACGUCACUCAGUGUACAUAAACAGAGCUUAAUCCUUAUUUUAGAGAUUAAUGUGCUCCUGACGUGUGGUGAGCAGGUGACUUGCAGGCUGAAUGACCUUCGUUUAGUCGAUAGGCUUUCAACCCAAUUAAUCAAUUUUGUGUGACUGAUUCACGAUUAUAAAUAACUCAUUAUUAUCUCUGAAUCCAUAAAUUUGUUAUUUUUUUAUCACUUCUGUAAUUUGCAUAGCCAACCAAAAUUAUUGGGAUGAAAGCCACUAGACGCCUGAUGUACCUCCCACAAGAGCAGCACAAGGGUGCAUAGCGAAGAUAUUCAGCUAAGUACGUCCGCUUGAGUGAGCAUCUGACCUCAGCCCGCCUCGACCCAUUCUUCUUCUUCUUCUUCUUCUUAUUCUUAUUAUUAUUAUUAUUAUUAUUAUUAUUAUUAUUAUUAUUAUUAUUAUUAUUAUUAUUAUUAUUAUUAUAUUCAUGGGGGUUAUAUACAGCACCUGGAGAAUGUGAAAUAAUCCGAUUUGAUCCAAAAAUAACUGGAAAGUUGUGAAUUUGAUGAACAUCGACACCAUGCCCAGCCCUUCUAGGGUAGGAUAGGUACCUGAGCCCGAGCUUACAGCUCACAAGACUGUCAUUCCCAUUAUCCCCCUUGGGGCGGGGAUGGCAGACCAGAGAAGCCUAGCUUGUGGCUACGCCUGGGGAGAGUUGGUCCCAAAGAUGAGGGGGUACUUGUGCCUCCUCCCAUGGGAGACUUAGGUCUCAGACACUCCCUAAAGAGGGAGCCAAGGCCACCACUUGGAAAAGGCCUGGGCCGUUAGAAAAUACCGGCGAAUCUUUAAUAAUAAAAAUAAAUAAAUUUGAUGAACACAAACAGAGAAGUAAUUUGUCUUCAAGACUGCCAUUUAAGUUGUGAUCAAUUAUUCCUAUAAUUAGUAGUUGUAGUAGUAGUAAUUGGCUCGCAGCUGAGUGUUAGCACCUUCUUCUUACAAUCAAAGGACCCGAGUUCAAUUCUGGGCAGUAGGAGACAUUGUAGAACUCAACUUACACCUGGCAUUAAAUAGGUACCAGAUGGUAUACUGAGAGGAGUUAUUAUUAUUAUUGCGAAGGGUUCACACACAGCGAUCCAAUUCCUUGGAUCAGAGCCACAGGAUUCUCACUUGUCUGAGGGGAUCACAAAGCUCCUCUUCUCUGGCACUGACAUCCUGGAUAUCCUACGGGAUGCCGUCGACUGUGUGAUACACAGUCACUUGUAUGAUGCACAGUCGACCGUAUGAUGCACAGUCGACUGUAUGAUAAAUGUGCAUAAAAUAUGAAUAAUAUACCUGAUAAAUAUAAACAAUAGCUAGCAGACGCGUGCCAGACAGUCAUUUGUUUGGUAACAAGAAUCAAAUUAUACUUAUUACAGAGUAGCUAGCGUUUAUUACACAAUAUUUAACAGUGGCAUCACUU